AUGUCUCCAUCUCUCUUGGGCAAAUUAGACCAGCCUCCAUCUUUCUCGGACGAGAUGACCUCGACCCUAAACUUGGCACUAGAAAGCAGCCAAGUCAAGACAACCCAAGCUAAGCCAAGCCGGAGAAAAGCCGCUUUUCGUCACACUUCAUCACUGGGCUGUGAAGAAAAUCGUCAAAAAGAUUCUCCGACUGGUCAGCGCUACAGGUUUUACGAUGGCAAAGGCGUAUAG